UCGCUAACGGAAACCAGACUGUUAGCUUCAGGAAAUCAGUUGGUGGAAAAAGCUUUCCUUUCUGUAAUCAAACCUCUUCAGCGCAGAGUCAAACAUACACUGGAGCAGCUACAAAUUGUAGCCAAUGGACCCUCGGAUUACAAUACUGAAUCUGCAGUGUGUCCGUCGAUAGCACGCCCGGGUGCCAAGGCGCCGGGCCGGGCCGGAACCAGAACCAGGCCCGGACGGACGGACAUCUCCAGUGCUGCGUUUUGCGACACCGGCGGGCUGCUGUGUGUGUGUGCAGGAAUUGGCAUGCUGUGUUUAGGGGAAGUGUAGUGUGUAUCAGCGUGACUUGCUGUCAGUAGCUAGACAGCAAGUUCGUGAAUGAGUCCUCGGUACUUGUGAUUUAUCAGAUCGGAUGUGAAGGCUUGAGGCUCGAGCAUGGGACAGCGUGAAUUUAGCCAGAAGCGAGCUAGCUUAAAUGCUAGCUAACACCAGAGUUAACGUUAACGGACGUCAACUUUUACUCGUUAAUUAGCGAGGCAGCGCAAGAAAAACAACGAGCAUGAGCGCUACACUCGGGUUUAUGUGAUCGAAGAAGAGUUAUUAUACAUCGCCUAACAUUUGUCAGUACGCUUGUUAGCUUUUUAAAAGCCCUGAUAAAUGUUUCUGGAGCGAGUAUAGCAGUGUAGCUAAGUCGUUAGCUGCUAAGUUAGCCUGCCUCGACCGCCCCAAUGAAAGAAUACAAAGUGGUCGUGCUGGGCAGCGGCGGCGUCGGCAAGUCCGCGCUGACCGUCCAGUUUGUCACCGGCACCUUCAUCGAGAAAUACGACCCCACCAUCGAGGACUUUUACCGAAAGGAGAUCGAGGUGGACUCGUCUCCCUCCGUGCUGGAGAUCCUCGACACGGCGGGGACGGAGCAGUUCGCCUCCAUGAGAGAUCUGUACAUAAAGAACGGACAGGGGUUCAUCCUGGUCUACAGCCUGGUCAACCAGCAGUCAUUCCAGGAUAUCAGACCAAUGCGAGACCAAAUAGUGCGAGUGAAGCGCUUCGAGAAGGUGCCGUUGAUCCUGGUCGGUAACAAAGUCGACCUGGAGUCUGAGCGCGAGGUGGCCGGGUCAGACGGACGAGCUCUGGCUCAAGAGUGGGGCUGCCCUUUUAUCGAAACUUCUGCCAAGAGCAAGACCAUGGUGGAUGAGCUGUUCGCAGAGAUCGUCCGACAGAUGAAUUAUUCCACGCUGCCGGAGAAGCAGGAACAGUGCUGCACAGCCUGUGUGGUACAGUGAGGAAAAGAUGCAUCAUUUGUCUCGAUCACCGCAAGGAUUUUGAUGAACCAUGAACCCGGGGACAAACUGACAAAACCUUACCACAGCUGGUAAAGUUUCUGCUCAAUGUGGUUUCUGACUGUCUCUCACAGAGCAUCUGACAGGAAAGACGUCGGUCCUAUUUUUGAUAUCAUAACUGUUAGAAGACGUUUCUGCUGCAACCUUAAUGGCCUUUGCGAUGAUGACCCAGGAUAGAGUCAGACAGACGAACUUGUAAUGAGUGAGAACGGCCAUCUGUGAAUUUCAUUCUUUUUUUCUCUCUCUCUCUCUCUCCUUUUAGUCGGCAGUAUCCCUGAAAUAAUAAGCAGGAGUGUUUGUGAGGUUGCAGCUUCUUUUUAAAGCUGCUUUAAUCACUAUUAUAUACUUUAUUAUUACUUGUAUUAUGUCUCAAGUUUGGAAUUUGACAAAGUAUUUCAUAAUAUUGAAGCAUUUUGACUUUUAAGCAUGCAUACUUCGACCAGUUUGCUGCCCAGGUAUGCUGCUCGCUUUAUUUUGAAAAUCUUGUAUAAAGUAGUUCUUCUAACUGACACAGACUACAGCGGCGAGUUUUUUAGCUUCAGGAAACGUAGACAGGAUGUACGCCUUUGUGGAUUAAACCUGUAACAUCAAGGAUUUACCUUUUUAGUAUUGCAGUAGCCCGAAGCAGCUAAACUCAUCUGAAAACAUGCAUGCUCAAAAUUGAAAAUGUUCUACUAAAUCAACUUGAAGUGAUAAGGAAGAGCCAUUUUACUGUUUUUAGCCUGAAUUCUGUCAAAGUCUCUACAAGGCAUGAAUUGUGUGGACGCAGGUCUUCCAUUUUCAGUUUUCUCGUGGAGUCUCUGUGGGAGAAUGAUUUUGGAACGACCAAAGGAAGCUCACAGUGCAUAUUUGUGUUUUGACUACAUGACGUGUGUUGCUUUAAAUCCAGGAGACGCUGAUUUCUUGUCAUCAAAUAACUCCCGCUGCAAUGUGGUUUGAUAAAAGUUCUGGCACAGUUAAUCAGAUUUAACUUUGUGUUUUUUUUCUUUUUCUUAUAGUAACCUAUUUAUUAAAAACUAACGACCUGGGUAGCCAGUUUUAAACUUUUAAUUUUAUACUAGUUCUUGCUUUCUGUGUCUUUUCAGGAUACAUGGUACAUUUUUUUGUUUUCAAAGCUGAGGAUUUAACAGAGCCUUAAAUAAUUUCUGUUGCACCCUGGUCUCAUGUUUCUUUUGUUUUUUUCUUCUCAAAGAUAUAAAAAGCUGUCGUCAUUUGGUAAUAAACAUGCUGGCCUUUCUGCUUUUGUCACUGGGCACAGUUACAGUAUCAUCUUUGAUCCAAUACACAGCGAUACAUCGAUAAACAAUAUUAGACUACGGGGGCUUUCAAAUUAGGGACAGGGCCAUGAUGUGAGUACACUUGACCCUGAAGUCCAGUUUGUUUGAUAAGUGUGAACACUGUCCAUUUGAAAGGGUGGCUUUGAGUAGUGUUCAUGUGUACACAGGUACGGUACGCAUCAGGUGUGAACAUCAACUGUACCAAAACACGAAAGUGGACUACUAUUUAACACAACUAUGACGCGUUUUUACCUGGUUAUAAAAAUGGUCUCAAUGUAAAACUGAUGUCUCAUAUCAGACAGCAGUGCAACCUGCAGCAGACAGACCCAGACCUGCCUUUGCUGCCACCUUUGACCUGCAGUCGGAGCUCCUGUGGGAGGCAGAGAGCUCCAUGCGCAACAGCAGUGGCUUCUCCUCCGGCUAGGAGCAGAGCUUCACUUCGCUGCUCUGUCAAUCUUUGCUGAUAACAGUCUUGAGGGCAGCAGUGUCCAUCUGUGGCGCCCUUUUUUAAACUGUAGCACAACAAAAAUGUCAUGUUAAUAAUGGCGCAAGUGUAUUCGAACGUAGUACUUAUUUGAAAGCUGAAUGGCAGAGGAGAAGAGAGGAGAGACAAUCGCACCUAAUAUGAAAAUGCCCUGACAUUUUUCACAGAAAUACAUCCACAAAUAAAUAGUGUUGCUCCUUAACUAGUAGGUUAAGUGGAAAAUGACAACUUUUCAACCCCCCUACCCCACCCAGCCUUUUUCAUUUGGUAUGGUUGGCACUGCUGUCGCAAAGACAACUGGAUUGCUUUCCAUUCUCCUCAGACCAGGCAACGACUUUGGUUUUCACAGUUACUACGAUGGUUUCACUGUCUGCCAUUUCUGCUACUGCUGAUAAUAACUGCAGAGAACUUACACUGAUACUCUUUGGUAUCUGGGGUUAGCUACCAUCACCUACCGGGUAAACAGAAGCGCUCUCCUCUUCCUGUUUUGGUUGCACAAUGGUUGAAGCACUUCCUCUGUGCUGUAAAUUAACCUUUCAUUUUCCUGAGACAUCGUACCAGGUGGCAGGCAGAAUUGCAUGCUGAAAGUGAGGCUUAUAGGGAACCUGUCUGAACAGUGAUGUUGUCACUGCUCUACAGCCAUUACAUUGUGCAGUCACGCUCACACAUGUCCUUAUGGGGCAAAAAACCCAACUACAGUUAAGUGCAGGAGAAGUGCACCUGUUUCCUCUUAUUAACCCAAUAGUUACACAUGUUUAUCAGAAGAGAUUUUGAUGACUGUGUUUGUUCCUCCUGACCACAAAUAGAUUAGUUCAUAAUGCCAGUCCAGUGAUGAGUGAUGAGUGACAGAAGAGAAAACAAGGAGUUAAAACUUAGUCUGAAGCUGCAUCAUCUAAAAAUACCAACUCACAGAAACAGGCUACACUUUCCACUUCCCGUUGCAGACUGGCAGAGUGCAGCGGAGUUGGUGUGCGCUUUGCAAGUUUUUUUUCUUCUUCGUGCAUUGUGUCACACAUGGUGCUGCUGUAGUUUUCACAUCGCACAGAGCACAAAGCUGGCUCUUCUUCUUCUCGCUCUGCGGUUGUCAGGUGGAGCUGCUGGGUGCUCGCUGAGCCUCUGCAUCUCUCACCGAGCUGGCAGCUGCCGUGUGAUGUCUCUGAAGCAGCGGGGUCACCACAGCUCCUCCAAGCUCCUUAAGAGGAGAAAAACUCAUUUUGAGUGUCUUGUCCUGGUUCCUGCUGGGUUGAUCUCUGGCCACACCACAAGGGAGUUGUAGGCAAAGAACGGUGUCGCUGUGUUGUCAGCUGCAACAAAACAAACUCACCUCAAACAGAAACACGACUAAAAAUUAAUUGUAGCUCAGGAGACUGGAGCCUUAAAGAGAGCAGCUCCAGCUUGUUCCUUCACUCUGUCCAUGUUCAGGUUUCCACUACAAGUGUCAUGGAAACAUUUAUAAAGCAUGUCAUUCAUUUAUAUCUAGUUGGACAAUGAAAUAGUUACAAUUAUUACACAGUAAUUUUGCCUGUUUAUUGGCUGACUCAUUGAUUCAGUUGUAAAAUAUUUGAUAAAUGCCUCUUUUAUGGUCUCUAUAACUUUUCUAUCACAUCUAUGGUUCUCCAUAAGUAAGCAAGCCUUUGGUGAACUGCAGUCAUUUAGCCUAUUACAUUAACAAAAAGGAAAACUGGCUGAGAGUAAUCGCUUGGUGUCACACUGUAGGGACUCAGCUAAUAGAUGGGAAGAUUAAGAUGCCUAAUUGAUGGGUCCCUAGUGCUAAAUUGAUCCUGCAAACCAAGUGCACUGUUUCAAAGUCUCUCAAGAUGUAUCCCCAAGACUGGUCGCUCAAGUCAUCUACAGUUCUGGUAGCCAUCCAUUCUUAAAGAAUUGUCCUCUUUCUAUCCUCCUUACGAACAUGCCGACCAUCAGGGUCCUCUGUUCAGUACGUGGCAAUGUAAGAGAAGCUUCAGAACAGCCACACAGGCCAAUUAAUGAUUAAAUUCAAAUUGAAUAUCAGAAAUUUUAUGCUACCAAGAGACGAUGUCUGACCAAAAAGAGACGAUCUUAGGACGAAACCAUAACAUAUGACCUUGAGCAUUUAAAUGUACUUAAAGUAUGGACAGUAAGAGCAGCAGAGUUAAACAACUACCCAUAGUGUCGUAUUAUUACUGGUAAUUGAUGAUUAGUGAUUGUUAUUAUUGGUUUUAUAUUAUUAGUGAUAAUUUGGAAGCAGAAUUUCAUGCAGCUGGUUGAGUUGGAGCUAAUUGUGACUUAUAUACUUGGUCAGGUUGACAGACAGCAGCACAUUUUAUAUUAAAGCUUUAUCUGACAAGUAAUAGGAAACUGCAGCUCCGUUCAGGUCUUUAUUGUCCUACAAGAGGACAAUGGCAGCAAGAUGGUGUAAAUCAUAAACACAAUAAGAACAAUAAGACAGCUGCAACAUUAAAAGUGCUGGUCUGGUACAAUACAUGCAGCACAGUGUAAAAAGUUAAUGGGAUAAAGACAAAGAGAACUGUGACAGUGACGAAAAAGUGUUAAGAAGCCAUGGUUUAUAAGUAAGGCUGUUUAUUGCACGAGAUAAAUAAUAACAUGAACCUGUUUAAGAAAAGAGGAUGGUCCAGAUUUGCUGUGAUGUGUGUGAUGUUCUCACUGAAAUCUCUGACAAAGAAGGAUGUUCCUCACUGAUUUUACAGCUUUUAAGUACACUUCAUGGACUGUAAAGAAGUAAAAUAUCUCCCUUUGAAAUCCAGAGGAAUGUUGAGUACCAGAAAAGAGUAUUUCUCAAGAAAAAUGUAUGUUUCUCAGAAUAGUGCUGCUUCACAUCAAAAUUUAGAUAUUCAGAUUCAGACAACUUAACUGAUCCUACCAGGGGCCUACCAGAGCUUGCUUUGCACACAUGAUGUAAAAUACAGCAACAUGUAGACACAUAAACAGAUGAGUAAUAAACAAAAUGUAUAAAAUGAAUAAAUUAAAAACAAAUGAAAACAUGUUAAGGAAUCCUGUGGAAUAAAGAACAGAACAAAAAUAAAAUCAAUUAAAAAAACAUUUACAGGAAAUUUAAAAGACAAAUCACAGAGGGAAUGAAGGAUUAUAGAGAUGCAAGCAGGUAAAACAUAACGAUGCCCUGAUGGCAGCAAAGAAAAUUCAUCUUUAAGAACAUGUCCAGAGGAACUUAAGAUUCUUGUCACUUUCUGGAGGAUUUGUUGGUCGCAAAAACAUGUCAAGUCCCUUUGUGUCACUCCUGUGAUCUUAGAGCGGAUUUAAACAGCGCUGUUUAGACUGUUUGUGACUUUCAGUGUGAGGCUGUGAAACCAGCAGAUGAAUGAAAAACACAGGUGGCUACACAUAAGGUCCCCUAAACAUGUAAAGAAAACUCACAUGUAAACACAUUUAGCCCAGUUGAACUCUAGUGACCUCUGUUGACCUACAGGUUCCCACGGGGACCAUAUGAGACAGCUCGUAACUCAGGUCAUAUGAAGUGAGCCUAUCAGCCACAGUGAUAAUGCACGCAGCUGUCGGUGUCAUGUACAAACAUAAAUGCCCUGAUUCCUCUGUGCCGAGCUCCAUCAGCAGGUUUGCUGGUGUACACCUGCAUGUUCCACAUACAGGAAGUCUGAAGUUUUCACAUCAUACACUGCCCAGAUUUAUAUGCUCUGUUUUACAGGUGUGCUUACAUGUCAUAAACUGAAAGGACAGCAACUCUUUGAAGACUUGGACAUGAUAUGAGACAUCUGCAGCGAAAUAAAUAUUUAUAUAUUAAUAAAUAUUUUUAGCUGUCACUGCUUUUGCUUUUUGCAGUUAAAGUUUCCCUUCUCCAACCUGAAUCUCUUUCAUAUCAGGUGAAUGAUUCUCCUUAACUUCUGUAUAAUGUGGAUGACCUUCAGUAUGGUCCUGGACUUACCUUCUUAUGUCGUUCAGCUUCUUGUCGGCUCUGUGUUGGGUGGUUUGUGGCUGUUUGAUUAAAAUACACGAGUGCAAUAUCACCUGGAAUACACAAGUGUAGAAUAUAACACAUGCUUUUGGAAGACUGCAGAACCCCUUUCAUUUCUUACCAUAGUUAAGAGGUCACAACUCUUGCAGCACUUGUACAGUUCAGGCCACAAGCCAAAAUGUGUUGGUCUUUCUAUAGAGAUGUUCUAUAUACCACAAGUGUUUUGACCUCUUUAGACUUCUUUCCCUUCUUCAUGCACCUUGGCAGUCGGUGAAGUUGUGCCAGAAACCUCCACUGUGUCUUAUCUUACUGUUAAAAACCAGCCCUAAGUCUUACAGUAGGUAUAACUCAUAGUGUCAUUGCAAUGCUGCAGAAAGGCAGUACUUUGCUUACAAGUGUGGUGCAAACUGGGGACGAAACCACAAGAGGAGUUCUGCUGGUGUUUGUGGCCAACUGCUUCUAUAAUUUUAUGCAGUGACAUACUGUAAUGUUCCCAUAACAUGGUGCAAAGUGUAUUUGAAAAUUUGACAUUAACCAGUAUGAUCUCAGUUCUGUUGCAUUCUGACCAUGAAUAAAAAAGUUUUUUGCAAA